CUUUGUGCGGGGCCGCGCUUCCGCUGGUGCCGGCGCCGGCGCGAGAAUCCGCCGCGGAGCCGCAAGGCAUGGAGCUGUGGACGCGCUCACCGGUCGCCGUGUGGCUGCUUUUGUUCUUCUUGUCCCCAGCGCUGGGCCGCCAGAAGGAGUCAGUUUCAAAAUGGAAAGUAUUCAUUGACCAGAUUAACAGGUCUUUGGAAAAAUAUGAACCAUGUUCAAGUCAAAACUGCAGCUGCUACCAUGGUGUCAUAGAACAGGAUCUGACUCCUUUCCGAGGGGGCAUCUCCAAGAAGAUGAUGACAGAGGUGGUCAGACGCAAGCUCGGGACCCACUAUCAGAUCAUUAAGAACAGAUUAUACCGAGAAAAUGACUGCAUGUUUCCAUCAAGAUGUAGUGGUGUUGAACACUUUAUUUUGGACGUUAUUGGGCGUCUCCCUGAUAUGGAGAUGGUAAUCAAUGUACGAGAUUAUCCUCAGGUUCCUAAGUGGAUGGAGCCCGCCAUUCCAGUCUUCUCCUUCAGCAAGACAUCAGAGUAUCAUGAUAUCAUGUAUCCUGCUUGGACCUUUUGGGAAGGUGGACCUGCUGUUUGGCCAAUUUAUCCUACAGGUCUUGGACGGUGGGACCUCUUCAGAGAAGAUCUGGCAAGGUCAGCAGCACAGUGGCCCUGGACAAAGAAGAAUUCAACAGCAUAUUUCCGAGGAUCAAGGACAAGUCCAGAACGAGAUCCUCUCAUUCUUCUCUCUCGGAAAAAUCCAAAACUUGUUGAUGCAGAAUACACCAAAAACCAGGCCUGGAAAUCCAUGAAAGAUACUUUGGGGAAGCCAGCUGCUAAGGAUGUCCACCUUGUGGAUCACUGCAAAUACAAGUAUCUGUUUAAUUUCCGGGGUGUAGCUGCAAGUUUCCGGUUCAAACACCUCUUCCUGUGUGGUUCACUUGUUUUCCAUGUUGGUGACGAGUGGCUGGAAUUCUUCUAUCCACAGCUGAAGCCAUGGGUUCACUACAUCCCAGUCAAGACAGAUCUCUCCAAUGUCCAAGAGCUGUUGCAGUUUGUGAAAGCAAAUGAUGAUAUAGCCCAAGGAAUUGCUGAAAGGGGAAACCAGUUUAUUAUCAACCACUUGCAGAUGGAUGAUGUCACCUGUUAUUGGGAAAACCUAUUGACUGAAUACUCAAAAUUCCUGUCAUAUAAUGUAACAAGAAGGAAAGACUAUGAUCAGAUUGUCCCUAAAGUCUUGAAAACUGAACUCUAGUAGGCAUCUUGGGUCCAUGGUCCUCAUUAUGAUAGCAGAGCCUCCAAUAUGCUACGGCUGGAAGCUUACCAUGAGCAUGGUACCUAUACCGUGAGUACCUUGUAACAAACCUUGCUGCACCAGGAGCAGUUCUCCAGAGAACUCCAAAAUGUGUAUCAUACAGAGAAGGAACAGCUCAGCUCUGACAGAAAAAGAACCAGAAGUCAGAAUUGGGUUUUGGAGCCCAAUUCUACCUUUUGUUUUUAGGACCAAUCACUGCUUGUGCCUCUCAUCAUCCAUAUGUGUAUGUGUAUCACUGUGAAACUGGCUGCGUCCAUGUGAUGAGACCCUUUCCCCCAUUAUCUGGAGCAGAAGAAUUCAUCCUCCGGA